AUGAGAUAUUCUCUCGUUUCAAUUUUGUUCCUAACAGGCAUAAAGACUUGCCAUGGGGUCAAGGGCAAAGAUCCUGGUGAGAUUGAUAUGUUCCAUACUGACCGAAUAUCUACUUACUAUGCAGCAGAGUGCUGGGCCAAGUGUGUUGAAUCAACGUUACAAGCAUCAGAUGAUACCAGUUUAGCUGACAUGUGCCAUGAUUUGGUCAAGCAACGGAACGUCUUCAUAUGCAUCGGCCGAACAUGCGAAAGUCAAUAUUAUGGUCUGGCUCUCUCACAAGCCAUAGUCUCAUGCACCAAUCUUGGCGCUGAUAUUGCCACUCUAUAUCCCAUUCAAGUCAAUGAUGCUAGCAGCUCAUCUAGUUCCCACGAUUGGCAAAGACGGCAGUCCCUCAUGGAUAAGGAUACCGAUGUCUUGAGUACUGUGUUUGCAGGAAAUGGCUUUUCUCUCUCGGUGGCCUGUCAAGCAGGUUCUGACGGUGUCAUUACCAUAGAGCCACCAGCACCUUCUAUUAAUCCAUUGUCUCCAAAUUUAGCCGACCUUCCUGGUGGUCACAGAGGGCCAACAACUCCGGAAGGAAGCCCAGAGUUGCAGCCGGCCAUGACUUUGACAACUGAAGGACAAUUCUCCUCUGGGUACCUCAUGCGGCUGUCCAACAACUACUACUACUCCCUCGUUGGCAAAUACUCCUUGUUCUACGACAGCUACUUCAACAAGGACUCCUAG